AUGUGGAGCGGCCAGAGAGGAUGUCAAGCAUAUCUUGCGCAAGUGCCCAGGAUCAAUCUGGGUUUGGAGCAGGUUUGCGGGGUCGGUGCCAAUGGUUCCAGCAGCAAUGCAGUUUCGUGGCUGGUUGUUUACGCACUUGCAGGUCCAGCACCAUGCUCUGCUCUGUACGAUAGCCUGGAAUUUAUGGAAGUGAGGAAUAGUUUUGUUUUUGAGCAGGAUGCUUGGUCACCUGGUGAUUUGUUACAGAAAAUUCAUAGAGAUGUGCAGGAAUUUCAGAGAUGGGGAAGUGGACAGUCGGCUGAGAUUGCAGCAGCGGGUAUGGGAGUAGAACACGUAACUCUGUACACAGAUUGCAACUUGAAGGGUGAUGUGGACAGGAUGGGUGGUGGAGGUGUAAUCCGUGAUGGGAAUGGAAGGUGGAUCUCCGGCUACGCAACGACGUUGGGAGCAGGCGAUGCGAUUAAAGCAGAGCUUUUAUCGUUCCAUAAAGGCCUUUUGCACACCUGGGAGCUUGGCUUUCGUCAUGUGGUUUGCUAUGUAGAUUGUCUGGAAUUACAGGAAGUGCUUACGAGUACCGGUGAUGUUCAGAAUUACUGGCAUGAAGAUGUGAUUGAGAUGAUUAGAGUUGUGUUGGCACGGAGCUGGACCGUAACAAUUAAUCAUGUUACUCGGGAAAGAAAUGUUGUUGCGGAUGCACUGGCGAAUCUUGCAAUUUAG